AUGCCCCCAGCUCGCGGCCGCCCCCUGCUGCCGGUGCUCCUCCUGCUGGCGCUGGCCCUGUCCCUGCCUGGCGCCCACGCAGCGCGCCGGGGACGCAGCGUAGCGAGUGCCGCAGACAAGGAGCCGAAGCCGUCGCCCAUCCGGUCCACGACAGCAGACACCGCCCGCGUGGGCCUCGGGCUCUUGCUGCGUCCGCAGGCCCGGGCCACCCUGGCUCUCCGCGCCGUCCGCAGCGCAGAAAUAUUCCCAAGAAAUUUGAACUUAAAGGACAAAUUCAUAAAGCAUUUCACAGGGCCAGUCACAUUUUCAGCUGAAUGUAGCAAACAUUUCCAUCGACUCUAUUAUAAUACCAGAGAUUGUUCAAUGCCAACUUACUACAAAAGGUGUGCUAGAUUGUUAACAAGAUUAGCAGUGAGCCCACUGUGUACUCAGACCUAG